GACAGUGUCUCUUUUAUCAAAACAUCGCCAUUUGUACCGUAUUGAAUCGGAAAAUUUCAGGCUUUUUUUCUCGCUCACUCUCCAGCCAGUCAACCCGAAAGCCACUACGGAUCAGUGGGCGUAGUUUAAGCAGUCGAAUCGUGUACAAUUAUAUUUCAAAAACCAACAGAAAGCAAAAAUUCCCAUAGUUUCCUGGAUCCUUAUAUAUUUAGUAUCAUAUCAUGUUUGAGACCUCGCUGCUGAUCCUAAAGCCAGACUAUCUGCACAAGCGUCGUCCGGUGCUACUGAAACUGCUGGCCGAGGGCUUCCUGCUGAAGGGUAGCCGCAAGCUGGCCUUCUCCCCGGAGCUGGCGGCCGAGUUCUAUGCGGACUAUGCCGACGAGCAGGGCUUCAUGCUGGAGGUUAUACUGCUGUCCAAGGGCGUCUCGGAAGCCUUCAUUGUGACCAAAGAGAAUGCGGUGCAGACGCUGCUCAACACCAUGAUCUGCUAUUUCGGAACGUCCGCGGACCUAGAGCGCAACAUACACGUGACCAAGCACGCCCAGAGCGUGGCUCGCGAGAUCAACUUCAUCUUUCCGAACUACAUUCACGAGCCCACUGAUUUCUUCGAGCGCCAAAGGUUCUGCAACCGACCCAUGCUGAAGCCCCUGAUCGGCGAGGUCUACCACAUCCUGCAGAACGCGGACUGCAGCCAGGACAACUGGAAGAUGCGCGUAGCCGACUACUUGGUGCGCAGCAACCCCAAGCUGCCGCAAGUAAGCAACCAGUGCCAGGAGCGUCCCGAUGUGGGCAUCCAGAACAAGGCGCAGCAGACUGUCAUGACAUAUCCCUCGGCCGCUCGAGACGCCCAGCCGCGCGACAAGCAGAAGUCCAAGAGCAGCACUUCCUUGCUGUCCAGCAGCUCGCCGCACUCCUCCAUGCUGCUAACAUCCUCCUCGUGUGUCACUUGCGGCGGCUUCGAUCGCUCCGAGCCGUGCCCAGCCGAGCUGGAUCUCGACAAGCGCGUGGAGCCCCAGAGCGAGGAGCCCGCCUGCGUGGGCGAGGAGAUCUUGUGGAAGGAGGUUAUCGUCUACGAAGAAGUUGUUCCGGAGGAAGAGGCGUCCAGGGACGAAGCCUUGGAGGUCGAGGAGGAGGGCGAGGGCGAGCAGCUCGACAGCUCGGAUAUCGAGUCGGAUCACAGCACGGUGGCGCCGCCUCCACCACCGAAGCCUCAAAGCGAGUCCGAGUCGGAGCCAGAAGCUGCUCCAGAAGCUGCUCCAGAAGCUGCUCCAGAAGCUGCUCCAGUGGCUGCCGAAGAAGCCCCAGCUCCAGCUCCAGCUGCGGCUGAUUAGGUCUCCCACCCCACACCUG